AUGAUUCACCUCGCUGGGUUCGAUGAUGAGGCCGACGGCGGCGUGCUGCUUUUGCAUGCGACAGAGACUCCAUCGCUGCCACUGCGACGCGCAUUCACCGAUCUACAGACAUGGGAUCGAUUCCUUCACAAGAACCACCCUCUCGAUCACAAACGCUUGCCCACCCGCCGGUUCAAGACCCUCAUGAACACAUCGUGGACUCGACACGACAACAGUCGACACCUCCACCUCCAAAAGAACAUUUCGCUCUGUGAGGCGUGGAUACAAGCAACUUUCCGCAGGCUUCCUCUCCAGAUGCAGCGUGACUUUAUCGACCCCGACGCGUACCUUGAAUGCCGGCGUGCCGCCGCCGACCGGGUUGCACGGACGAAAGCGGCCAAGGACCUCGGACAGUUCUUUUCCCCGCUGUCCUCCAUCAACCUUUUGCUCGACAUUGUGUUCGCCAUGCCCUUAACCUUGUCUUCCGCAUUGUUCCUUGAGCCGUCCUGCGGCACCGGCAACUUUUUUCGUCCACUUGUCGAACGCGGCGCCACGCGCAUCCUCGGCUACGAAGUGGAUCCGUUGGUGGCUGCUUCCGCGAGUGCCGCAGGUAUUCCCGAAGCACGCGUUAUCUGCGGGGACUUCCUCACGUCCACCAAGCCAUCGGAUGCGAGCGACGUCAUUGUCGUCGGCAACCCUCCCUUCUCGUCAGCAGGCGACGAUGUGAUCCUGUCGUUUCUCCGACAUGCCGUGGACGCGUGGCAGCCCAUCGUCGUCGCGUUCAUUUUGCCCGACCGAUGUGCGAAACCAGCGUACGUCGCAACCAUCGCGACAACGUUAUCCCGCGGCGGGUACGCGAUCCACGGCCCGAUUGUGCCUGUUCCUGACAGUCACUUUGACUUUCACGGCCGACGGAUAAAUAAACCGAGUGUUGUCCUCGUGUGCGUUGAGACAUCGUUCAUCGCGCGGAAGACGGAUACAUGAAGACUUGCGCCACGACGUCCACUAUGAUGCGACUAUGGUUCGCCACCCCGUGCAUCGACUCCCGUGAGCCAGGGCAAGGCCGUCCUUCGUUCCGAGAUAGAAUAGUACGCUGGGCUGCGCUACGAGUGUCCUUGAGCAAUUCUCCUCCACUUUACUGGGCGUGUGCUCGGUUGCG